AUGGAUCUGGCACUCAUCCUUCUCCUGUCUGUAGCAGCUGUGUCUGGGUGUGGAGUACCCAGCUAUCAGCCCGACACUAACCGUGUGGUGAACGGAGAAGAAGCCCGACCAUACAGCUGGCCAUGGCAGAUUUCACUGGAAUCUUUUUUUCCCACCUGUGGAGGAACUCUUAUAGCUCCAAACUGGGUCUUGACCGCUGCACAUUGCAUCACAUUCCACACAUACCGGGUGGUUCUUGCAGAACAUGACAUGAACAAAGAAGAGGGACCUGAACAGUUUAUAAUGGUAGAAAAAAUGUUCAUUCAUCCCAAAUGGAAUGACAACUGCGUGUCUUGUGGGAAUGACAUUGCCCUGCUAAAGCUGGAGACUAGUGCUGUUAUCAAUGACAAAGUUCUUCCAGCUUGCCUGCCACAGCACAGUGAAACUCUGGCCCACAACGAGCCCUGCUACGUCACAGGCUGGGGUCGUCUCUACUCUGGUGGUCCUAAGGCAACUACACUCCAGCAGGCCCUUCUUCCAGUGGUGGAUCACAGUAUCUGCAGUCGAAGUGACUGGUGGGGUAGCUCAGCUAAGACUACCAUGAUCUGUGCAGGAGGAGAGAGCAAGUCAGCCUGUCAUGGUGACUCUGGAGGCCCUCUGAACUGCAAGGGCAGAGAUGGCAAAUGGUACGUCCAAGGAGUGACUAGUUUUGUGGAUGGGCGUGGAUGUAACACCCCACAGAGGCCCACUAUGUUCACCCGUGUAGCCUCGUUCAUCCCCUGGAUCACUGAGACCAUGGCCCAAAACUGA